AAGUGUAGUAACAUACUUGGUAAGUUGGUCUACGUAAAUUGCCUUUGCCAAAGGGGGAAAAAAAAUGUAGGUAAACAAGCGUAAACACCUCACCAGUCUUAUCAGCUAUCAAAUUUAUUUAAAUUUGUCAACUAACAACCAAAUAAUAUUAAAAUAUGUGUUCCAUACUAAAACAAUUAAUUGAUUGUUCCAUUAGUGUAUUACUGUGCCAAAUACAGUUUGUUAGUUAGGCAUGUAUGAGCAUAAAAAGGAAGCAUGAUAAUUUUUUUAGGUUAAAAUCAUGUUAUCAGUAACCAGUAAUGAAUUAAAACAAUCUAAUAUUACAAGAAAGUAAUAGAUGAUACUAUCAUCUGAAAUUAAAAUUAGUCAGCUUUGUUUAAUAACAGUAUAGUAAUAAUAUAUAUUUCAGUGGUUUCUAUUAAGUGUAUGAAAAAGAUUAUAAAUUAUUUUCUUUACUUAAUUAUUUUGUAAAUGUAUUAAGAUUCAAAUAUUCAAAAUGUUAAAUUAUGAUAACAAGAUUAUUCUGGCACCUAUGGUCAGAAUUGGAACUUUACCCACGAGAAUCUUAGCGUUGCGGUAUGGUGCAGACAUAGUAUAUACUGAAGAACUGAUUGACUGGAAGUUCUUACGAUCAAAACGUAGAAUAAAUGAUAUUUUAAAGACUGUUGAUUUUGUAGAUCAAACAGAUGGAACAAUAGUUUUUAGAACUUGUCAUGAAGAAAAGGACAAGGUAGUUUUACAGCUAGGUACAUGUGAUGCAGAUAGAGCAUUAAAAGUUGCCAAACUUGUAGAAAAUGAUGUUGCCGGCAUAGACAUAAAUAUGGGCUGUCCAAAAGAGUUUUCUAUUAAGGGCGGUAUGGGAGUUGCAUUGCUACAAAACCCUGAAAAAGCAUUCAAAAUAUUAGAAACACUUGUAAAUAAUUUAACAAUUCCAGUGACAUGUAAAAUAAGAAUAUUAGAUACACCUGAGGAUACUCUAAGUCUUGUACAGAAACUAGUUAGUUCCGGAAUUAAGGCUAUAGCCAUACAUGGACGGACAAAAGAUGAAAGGCCACAGCAUCCUGUCCACCCAGGUACUAUAAAGUACAUUGCGGAGAGAAUACCAAUACCAGUAAUAGCAAAUGGUGGUUCUAAGGAAAUUGAAAAGUUUAGUGAUAUAUUGAAAUUUAAAGAAAUGACAGGCUGCUCAAGUGUAAUGAUAGCUAGAGCAGCUGAAUGGAAUUGUUCUAUAUUUAGAAAAGACGGCAUGCUACCUAUGGAUACAGUUAUUGAAGAUCUCCUCAGACUUUCAGUAGAUUUUGAUAAUCCCCCAGCAAACACAAAAUAUUGCAUACAGAAUAUUCUGAGAGAAUUACAGGAAACACCAAGGGGAAGACAAUUUUUGGACAGUCAAACAUUAGAACAAAUGUGCACUAUUUGGAAUUUACAAGAUUACUGUAAAGAAAAACAAAAAAUGUAUCAAGGAUUAGGUAUACAAGGCAGGUGGCAAGUUACCCCAAGUGAUUUGGAACCACCCAACAAAAAAUCCAAGUUGGCUAAUGAAGUAAAUCUAGAUGGUGUUAUACAAAUGCAGGUGUGUUUUAUCAGAUCAAAUUAUAAUGAUCUUAAUUUACCGAAGUCUCAGCUACAUGCAUGGGCAGGAAAAAAUGGCUUUAGCUUACCCAUAUAUCAAACAAGGCAAGUGGAAAAAUUGUUUCAGACAAUAUUGAUUUUCAAUGACAAGAAAUACACUUCAACUUUUUGGGAGAAGAACAAAAAGUUUGCAGAACAAAGUGCGGCAUUGGUUUGCCUGUACCAUUUAGGGCUUAAAACAAAAGAUGAUUUAAUAAAACUUGGUAGUUUAUUAUAAUGAAAAUUGUAAAUGGAAUAUAAUAUAUUUAUUAUUUUGAUUUUA